AUGGUGCGUUCCUCCCCUCCUAAUCAAGUUGAUACGAUUGCUAAUAAUUGGGCUGAAAUUGGUGCACUUCUUCCAGUGUCACCACGAGCUCCACCCAUACCGCGCAAUAGACCGCUCUCCAUGGGCAUUUAUAAACGACGUUCGAUACCGUCAAAAAUGAUGGUCAGAUCAGCUAUUAAAAGUCUUACGCGCAAUCCACGUGCGGGCGUCUCUUUGACUGCGAUCAAAAAGUAUAUUGCCGAAAACUAUGGUAACGCGGUUUCGGAUGUAAAAAAUCGGUUUCGCUUUGUUAAACGGUAUAUCAAGAAUUCGCUUGAGAAGGGCGAACUUGUACGUACCAAGGGCAAUGGGUUCUCGGGUUCAUUUCGUUUGCCAUUUCCGCAACAAUAUACUCAAAAGAAGAAGACACAGAAAAAAACGAUAAAUAAGAAGAAGAAUAAGCAGUUCGCCAACAAGAAGUCCAAAGAGUUGAAUUUGAAUGCUGGCACAUCUCGUACCAAGGUCAAUAGCAAUGCUAGUGGAAGCGAAGGUGAAGCUGGUGGCGAUGCUGAGUUUGGUUUAUGGACAGCAAGUGAACAAGCUAGCGUUGUAAAAGCAGUCUCAAAAGCGAGCAUGCGCAAAGUACGCAAAAGCAAUGCAGCCCCUCGUAAAUUAGUAGAAUAG